AUGCCCUCGCUCGCGGACCCCGUCACGCUUCCCUGCGGCCUGGUCUUCCCCAACCGACUGGUCAAGGCCGCACUGGCCGAAGCCAUGACCGGAUCCGAUCACACCCCUACCCCCGAAAUGAUCGAGGUAUACAACCAAUGGGGCCAGGGCGGCUGGGGCGCCGUCCUCACCGGUAACGUGCAGGUCGACGUCAACCACCUCGGCAACCCGUUCGACCCCGCCCUGGACGGCGAGUACACCGGCGCGGACACGAGCGCCGCGCUCGUGCAGACCUGGCGCCGCUACGCCGCCGCGUGCCAGCAGCACGGCGUGCCGUCGAUCGUGCAGGUCAACCACCCGGGCCGGCAGUCGCCGCGCAUCGCGGGCCGCAGGGGUAUUUGUGCGGCGACGAUCGCGCCCAGUGCGGUGCCGCUGCAGCUGGGGGGCGGGCUGGUGGAGCGGAUUGCCAGUGCGCUGGUGUUUCCGGCGCCGAGGGAGAUGACGCGGGCGGAUAUCGAGGCUGUGUCGAAGCAGUUUAUUGAUACGGCCCGGUUGAUGGCGGAUGCUGGGUUCUCCGGCGUGGAGCUGCAUGGCGCACAUGGCUACUUGAUUGACCAGUUCCUGAAUCCCAAGACAAAUCUCCGUACCGACGCAUACGGCGGCUCGCCCGAGAACCGCGCCAAGUUCGUCCUCGACAUCCUCGCCGCCAUCCGCAAAGUCGUGCCCCCGACGUUCUGCAUCGGCAUCAAGUUCAACUCCGCAGAUCACAGCUCCUCCGCCUUCGAAGACACCAUGACGCAGAUCAAACUGCUCGUCGACGCGGGCAUCGACUUCCUCGAAGUCAGCGGCGGAACAUACGAGGAUCCACAGAUGGUGGCCUCCAACCCCGUCGCCGCCGCCGCCGCCGCCGCCGCGCCGCAGAAAUCCCAGCGCACGCUCGCCCGCGAAGCCUUCUUCCUCGAAUUCGCCCGCGAAACCCGCAAGCGCUUCCCGACCCUCGUCCUCAUGCUCACGGGCGGGUUCCGCACGCGCGCCGGCGCCCAGUCCGCCCUCGCCGAGAACGCGUGCGACCUGGUUGGCAUUGGGCGUCCCGCAGCCGUGAAGCCGAGCUUCGCGCGGAUGCUGCUGGACGAGAGCGUGGAGGACGAGGAGGCGAGGCUGGAGCUGAAGAAGGUCAAGAUGCCGUUUCUGGUGCGGCUGCUGCCGAUUCGGAAUGUGGGGGCUGGGUUAGAGAGUGUAAGUGUGCAUCUUUUUUUUUUUCUUUCUGAUUUCGAUUUGGUUUGGUAUUUAUGGGUGAGAGGAUGA